AUGGCACCCAAACUCACGGAAGAAGAGAUUGAUGAUCUCAUUUACUUUGCGCGAGCAGGAGAGCAGGAGGAUCUGACUGAGACUAUCAAGAGUCUGGCGGAGCGGGAGAAUGUCAGUCCUGCUGAGAUUGUAGCGGCUGCUCAAGAUGCUUCCAACAAGUCAACAUGUUUACACAUGGCGACAGGAAAUGGUCACCUAGAAAUCGUCAGGCAACUCAUCCAAUAUUUCGAUACCCAACCAAAGGAGCAGAAGCAGGCAUUUCUUGACGAGGCAAACGAGGCCGGAAACACAGGCCUUCACUGGGCAGCACUGGGCGGUCACCUCGAUGUCAUCAAGCUGCUCCUGGAGCAAGGCGCUUCCCCCGCGCUGGCAAACGAGCAGAACUACGUUCCUCUUGAUCUGGCCUACUUCAACCACAAGAACGACGUUGCUGAGUACUUCUUGUCAACUGCUAAGAAGCUUGAGGAAAAGAACCAAGAAGAGGGUGGUCUGAGCGCUGCCGUUGGGUCGGUUGAGAUCGAGGAGGGAGAUGAAAAGGUCGAGGAGAAGAAGGAGACCUCAUAG